AUGAGGAUAGGAAAUAUGGAUAGCUUUCAGAACGAGCUAUUUCGGCGCUCUGGAGAACUCAAGGACUGGAGAUUCAUUCACAUAGUAGGAAACAUCAGUGCUUCAUCUCUUCUUGUUAUCAAGUACUGGUAUACUGUAAGGUGCAUGAAUAUGGAUCCAAAGAACCCAGCAACACUGCUUGACCUUGCUAUACAGACUGUGGUGAAAAACGAGUCUGUAGCAAUACGUGCCGCUGAGGAGAUACCGCAAGAACUUUUUAUUCCAUUAUUCAAUGCUGCCUUCACUGGUGGGCAUACGAAUGUAGUGAAGGCAGUAGUACGUACUUGGCCCUUUCCUUGUCUCCAUGUUGGGGCAUUGCACUUGCCAGAGCCAUAUUCUGACAUCUUGGAAGCCAUGCUUGAUAGUCUUCAGUUCCUUCCUGUCCACAACCCUUCUUCUCGUGUGCCCAAACUGAGGAUUCUAGAUUUAAGGCAAAAUGCUGACUGCAUGACCACAUGUUCUGGAAUUUCAAGCAAAUUUCCUUUCUGUUUUGAGGCUUGUGUUUACUCUAAGAAAUCUAUUACAAAGAAGCAAGAAACCAAUGCAAAUUUGGAGGCCCAACCAUCUGGAAUAUCAAUGGAAGUAUUAGUGGACCUAUAUAUUGAUGGUACCUGGAUGACAAAGCAUUUUCUUUCUGCCCUAUAUGAUAAAGUUGAGCACGGUUUGGGAUCUCUGCACCUUUGCUGUAGAUAUUUGCAGGUUGAUAAAGUAAUGGAGUACAAAAGGGCCCAGCGGAUUUUGGAUAUGAUGUGCAUUGAUCACCUGGGAGUGGAUGAAGCUUCCCUGAGUGAAGUCUGUAUGAUUAUACCUGGAAUGAUCCACCUUACUAGCCUUAAUCUAUAUAAAAUUAAAUUUAGAUCUUACAAGAAGAAACCGUUCAAAAUGUUUCUCUCCCACCUUAGCCGGAUGAAUGAACUCCAGGAGCUCUUUCUAUCUUACUUCUCCCUGAAAAACCACGUGCAUAAAGUACUCAGGGUCCUGUCACCUAAGUUGGAUUCUUUGAAUCUGAAUUUUUGUGAGCUGACUAACAAAGACUUGAUCUCCAUGUCCCAGAAACUUCAAGAUAGAAACAUAAAGCUAUUAAAUAUCAGUCACAACCAGAUGUCAUGGGAAAAUUUUCAACCAUUAAGGAUGCUCCUGGAGAAUAUAUCAGGUACCCUGCAGCAUCUAGAGAUGAAUAAUUGUCUUAUUACUGAUAUAAUUCUCUCUGGAAUCAUACCGGCACUAAGAGUCUGUACAAAUCUCCGAGUCAUUACCUUGGCCUGUAAUCCCAUUACCAUGGCAGUGCUAAGGAACCUCUUGCAUAAUUUAACACUCCUGGUGAAGCUGAAGUUUGUAAUUUAUCCAAUUCCUAUGCACUGCUAUGAUCACUGGCAUUUUCGAGACAGUUUAGACGAAGAGAAGCUGGCUGAGGUGAAACUAGAAAUAAGAACGAGGCUUCGGGCAGCACAACUUCCAGUUGCCUGUGACAAAACUACAAUACCCUUCUUGAAAUUACCUAUGGAGUACAGAAACGGUAGUAGUUUUCCUGGAGGGAUUAGUGGGAAUGCUUUGCAUGGUAGUUUUAGAAGGAGGAAUGGUCAUCAUACUGAGUGUGAUUCUUCAGCUUCCAGGCUGCAAAAGGAUGGCAAAAAUGUGGACGCGUUUCAGGGCUCUAAUGACCCACAAGGCAGACGGUAA